AUGAUGAAAAAUAAGUUUUACCUUAUACUAGUUUUAUCUUAUCUAUUUAUAGGGAUUAAUACUCAAGCAGCUACUACUGGAGACUAAGACUGUAAUUUAAAAUCUAUUGAAGAAACUAUUUUAGAUGUAGAAGGCGGUUGUAGAUGUGCUUAUACAAAUAUAUCAGGAUAGAAACUUAUUGGUGUAGGAUAUAAUUUGAACACCCAAAGAUAACAACAAAACUUGCAACAGAUGCUCUCAUUAGAUUCAGAUAGUUUAAACAAUAUUGUUUCAGGAAAUUAACCAUUAACAACAGACUAAAUUUUACAACUUUUAACAUCAUCAGCUGAUGUUGCUGUUUCGGAUCUCUAAACUAUAUUCACCAAUUACCAAACUACUCCCGCUAUUGUUUAAAUGGCCUUGGUUAGAAUAUACUAUGACUUAACUUUGUCUGGCUUAAAAUUACUUACUGGGUUCAUUGAUUAAAUUUAAGCUAAAAACUAUGAUCAAGCUGCCGUUUUAUUGUAGUACACUGAUACCUCUAAAUCAAAGUAAACUAGUUAUUGCUAAUAACAAACAACUUCUUGUACUUUGAAUGCAAAAUUAAUAGGCGAAUGCUAUGAUGAAGAAUUAACUGCAGCCUAAGCAUAAAAUACCAAUGUUUCUACUGUACCACCAACACCUGACAAUGCUAGUUUAAAAAAUCUUUUGAUUAGUGCUUUAUAGGCUUCAACUUGCAACUACGUAGGAUCAUGUACAUUACCUAAAUCAGGUGGAUUAGGAGGUGGUUUGGGUAAAUCUAAAAAUCAAUAAACAAUAUAGCCUACCUAACAGUCUUAAGAUAAAACAGAUCAAAGUGCCUCAAAUUCUUCAAGUGGUGCUUCAACAAGUUAAAAUAGCUAAUAAUCUACAGAUAAAGAUGAUUAGACAACCUCAACAGAUAAAGAUGCUUAGACAACCUCCACAGAUAAUGAUGCUUAGACAACCUCUACAGAUAGCUCAACUGAUUCCAAAAACUCAACCACUUCUAAAAAGAAAAAACCAAGUAACAAAUCUGUGAAAAAUAGCUCAAGUAGUGAUUCAACUGAAAAUCCCUCUACAACAGAUUCCAAAACUAUUGGAAAUAUUUUAAGCAAUUUCAUUAGUCUAACAUCAUUAUUAAUGAUAAUAUUUCUUAUUUGA